AUGCCCGGGGCCAGGGACGCGCUCUGUCACCAGGCGCUGCAGCUGCUGGCCGAGCUCUGUGCCCGUGGGGCCCUGGAGCACGACAGCUGCCAGGAUUUUAUAUACCACCUGCGGGACCGCUCCAGACCCCGGCUCCGCGACCCAGAUAUAUCCGUGAGCCUACUGACCCUUGUGGUCACUGCCUGUGGUCUCGCUCUCUUUGGCGUGUCUCUCUUCGUGUCUUGGAAACUCUGCUGGGUUCCGUGGCGAGAACGAGGUCUGCUCUCUGGUAGCAAAGACAACAACCAGGAGCCUCUUAACUACACGGACACAGAGACCAAUGAGCAGGAGAACAGUGAGGACUUCCUAGACCCUCCCACCCCCUGCCCUGACUCCUCCAUGAAGAUCAGUCACACCUCCCCUGACAUUCCUCUCUCGACCCAGCCGGGGGUCCAGGAGAACUGUGCUCAUGGCGUCCGAGUACAGCGCCAAAUCACAGAGCCAACUUCAUCAGCUCGGCAUAAUUCAAUCCGAAGACAACUCAACCUGUCAAACCCAGACUUCAACAUCCAGCAGCUCCAAAAGCAGGAACAGUUGACUGGAAUUGGUCGAAUUAAACCAGAGUUAUAUAAACAGAGGUCAGUGGAUAAUGAUGAUGGCAGAAGGAGUAACAGCAAAGCCUGUGGGAAACUGAACUUCAUUUUAAAAUAUGACUGUGAUUUAGAGCACCUCAUCGUGAAGAUUCACAAAGCUGUCAAUUUGCCUGCCAAGGACUUUUCUGGGACCUCAGAUCCUUACGUCAAGAUUUAUUUGCUUCCCGAUCGGAAAACCAAACAUCAGACUAAAGUUCACAGAAAGACCCUGAACCCAGUGUUUGAUGAAGUGUUUUUAUUUCCGGUUCCCUACAAUGACCUCGCAGCACGGAAGCUUCACUUCUCUGUGUAUGACUUCGACAGGUUCUCUCGCCAUGACUUAAUCGGCCAAGUGGUGGUGGAUCACUUCUUAGACUUGGCCGACUUCCCCAGGGAGUGCAUCCUUUGGAAGGAUAUCGAAUACGUCACUAAUGACAAUGUGGAUCUUGGAGAGUUGAUGUUUUCCCUCUGCUAUCUCCCAACUGCUGGCAGGCUGACCAUUACCAUUAUAAAAGCAAGGAACUUAAAGGCAAUGGACAUAACCGGAGCAUCAGAUCCCUACGUGAAAGUCUCACUCAUGUGUGAUGGCAGACGGCUGAAGAAGAGGAAAACAUCCACCAAGAGAAACACACUGAAUCCUGUUUACAAUGAAGCCAUAGUCUUCGAUGUCCCUCCCGAGAACAUUGACCAAAUCCACUUGUCCAUAGCUGUCAUGGACUACGACCGUGUAGGUCACAAUGAGAUCAUCGGCGUGUGUCAAGUAGGCAACGAGGCUGAAAGGCUGGGCAGAGACCAUUGGAGUGAAAUGUUAUCGUAUCCUCGGAAGCCCAUCGCACACUGGCAUUCCUUGGUAGAGAAACGAUGACUGUGGGUAAGAGGACUGCUUGUGCUGAAGACACAGUAGGACAACCAUCUUACAAACACCUUAAAUAACUUCUCCCAUCCAACAACACCCGGACGACUACAGUGACCAAGCCCUCAGCUGUAACCACAGCAAUAACUGACCUUCUUUCCAGAUUGGGUUUGGUGAACAUGAAUGGUCCAGCCCCCUUCUCCAGGUGGCCCAAGGUGGUGUGCUGCAAGGGAAAGCAUGUCUUUCAUGGUCAAGAACCAAGAUGGGACUAUGGAAGAAACCAGUAGAUAAUGUGAGAUUACUGAGAGCACCAAGAGUACCAGAGUACCAGGACUCUUAGUGAUUGAUUGAUAUAAACCCCCUGGUGGUGGGGACACAGCAGUGCCAUGGCAACAGUUACUCUGACAUGAUGUUCAUUAUUUGCCAGAAUGCCCUGGAAGGACAGAAUAUUUAAAAAUAUAUCCAGGUGCUAAGUAGGCAGCAGAUCUCAAUUCACAAUGGACUACCUUUGAGCUAAUGACUGUUUCCAGAAAAUACUCUUACCCCAAGAAGUACUCCAGCUUUGCAAGGAAUGACCCCAGGAAAGUAAUAGGGCAAGUAGGGUAUUCCCCUGGAAAAAAUCUAGGGCAAGUUCACAGCAAAUUCACUGCCCCCACCCAUGUACAAGGCAGAAAGUACUAGCUGAUCAUGGCCCUCUUUUCUGCUAAACCCAGAUUCUGAGGAGUCAGAAUCCCCAACACAGUUUUCUAGGUAGUCAGCAGCUACUUGCUUUUAACUGGUGUUGGCAUUAGAAUGAAAGUUAGUUUUCAUUCCUGUUAGAGAGGGAUAUAUCUCAAUGGCACAAGCAAUCAGAAUUGUCAUUUCCCAUGUACAUUUGUCCACUGAGGGAGCAGCCUCAGAAUUAGGUGUAUCAUUGUGUGAGAGGAAACCAAGGAGUGAUAACAAACAUCCCUGAGGGAAGGCACAGCCUUUGGGCCUCCUUGGCCUGAGUGCCUUCUGGGGUUUUUCCAUACGCAACGGCCCAGUGGCACAGCCUUGGGCAGCACAGAGGUUUCCUUUCCACUUCCAGUCACAUCCAGAUACUUUCACAGCACUUGGGGAAUGGAAAUACCUACAAGAGUGAAGGUCAAGGGCUCUCCCCAGGUAUCUCAUCCAUUGCUCAGUCUCCUUUAUGACAGUGUCCACCAACCCACUGCCAGCUGUGCUCCUCAUCUCUGCUUCUGCCUCCAUACAGAUGAAACCAAAGGCCUCAGCAUACCCUGGGGAAACUGGGGGCUGUCAGUUAGUGGUCCCCUCUCUCCUGCUGUGGGGGCAAGGCACCCCCAUCCGCACAUUUGCACCACUUCUCUAAGAUAAUACUUCCUUCUUCAUACAGUUCCUCUGCAGAAGAGUCCAGAGUUGGAUUAUAGUUUCCCUUUCUGGAAAGCUCAUUAUUUUCAUUUGAAUUCACAUUUCAGCAUGAGACAAACUAGGUAGAAGCAAGAUCAUUACAUGUCUUCAUAAAGUUCUUGCUGCCACAGCUGCCUAGUACAAGAACCUCUACCCUGAUGUCAGAUCUAAAAAGAUGGAUGGUUGUCUGGGGUCAGUGUUAUUAUACUCAAGCUUCAUGCAUCCCCUAGCCUGCCUAACCCAUUUCCAUCUCUGAUUGGCUUUCAACCACGGGGAUCCAAAGGUUCUGCCAAUGUCUGAUGACAUGAAAAGAAUUCAACUUUCUUUGCCCAAGUUUCCUCUCCUCCCACCCCUCCUCACUCAGGCAUCCUUCACCAUAUUAAAGUUUAGAACCAAAGUAUGAAGGGCUAGUGUCAGCAGGAUAGUCAGUGGAAAUGUUUCUAGAGUCAGCAGAAGAGCCCAGAAGAAUGACCUCAGAGAAGCCAGACUGGCCCCAAUAGGUAUCAGGCAGCCACCCCCAAUAAACUUUGACAUGUUCUUGGCAAUGGGAAGCAGGGUAAGAGAUCCUGGGGCAGCUGUGCCUAUUUUUCCCCGCUCCAGGAUCUUCCUGCCCAGAGAGUUAGCAGCCGUGGGGUACUAAGGAAUUGAGUAUGCUGCUGACUUGUUGGUGUGAAACAGAAGGUGGCUUUGUAGAAGCCAACAGGCAAAGGGGCCUGUCCGCAUGGCAGGCAGGUGGUUAGGAAAGCUUUGCCUAGCCAGUCCAGCUGUGGCCACAGGCUGGUUCUAAACUCCCUGAGCCCAUCUGCAACUCUGACUCUGUUCUCUUGCAUUUUGUUUGGUUUCCCAUUAGCUUCCUAGUAAAUGCUCCUUUUGAAAAAUUUCCACUUUGUCUCAUUGAAUUUGGGGGGAAAGGGAUUCUCCAACAUCUUUUCCAGGAUAAAAAAAUAGAGAGGAAAAUUAAAGUACCUUGAAAAAAUGGAAAAGACAGUGGAAAGAGAAACACCUAAUUCAGAUCUUAGGAAGAGACCUCAGGGAAAACAAGUACCAAGAGAUGGGGAGAAACUAGGUGUCUUCCCCCAGCCUCUUGGUACUGAUUCUCAGCUUCUUCCUCUUAUUGCCUCUGUCUUUAGGAGGUCUUCUGUAGGUGUGUGUUGUUGGCAAAUCACCUUCCCAGCCAGUGAACUGGACACAUUCAGCAGGCAGUGUGAUAACCAGAAAAUACACUGCUGUGUGGCCAGGAGUUGAGGGGAAGGAAAAGGAGCAGUGUCUACAAUGUGAAUGUUUUCAAAAUGCUCCAACAAUCAUGACUCAAAAUGGUAUGAUUUAGACUUCAUGGCCAUCAGUUAGAACUAUGUGUCAUGUGAAGAGAAGAAAGUUACACUCUCACACUGAAGCCAAGGAGUCUGACAGAAUAUAGAUAUGAAAAAUGUAUUGCUGUCUUCAUGGCUAUCCUGUCCUGUGAUGGUGGGUGUUAUGGUUAUCUAUUGCUAUAUAAAAAGCCCCACAAAACCUAGUGGUUUAAGUAUUAAUUUAUUACCCCUUAUCAUUCUGUGGGUUUGUUGGGGUUAGGUAGGUGAUUGUUCUCCCAGUCAGAUAGCAGCUGUGGCUGGAACCAUCUGAAUGUCUGACUGGGUUAGGUGUGCAUGAUGGCUUCUUCAUUCACAUGUCUGCCUCCUCAUUUGGGAUGACUGGAACAGCUGGAGUCUCCUUGGCCAUCUCUUUCCACGUAGUCUCUCCACAUGGUUAGCUUGGACUUCUUCACAACAUGGAGUUCUCAAGUUAGUCAAACUUCAGACUUCUUACAUAGAGGCUGGCUACCACCAGAGCAAGCAUUGCAAAGAGGCCGAGGUAGAUGCUGCAAAACCAAAAAAAACAAAACCCAUUGCCAUCGAGUCUAUUCCAACUCAUAGUGACCCUAUAGGACAGAGUUGAACUGCUCCAUAGGGUUUCCAAGGAGCGGCUGGUGGAUUUGAACUGCCAGCCUUUUGGUUAGCAGCUGAGCUCUUAACCA